UCCGGGCUUCCAAACAAAUAACAACGGCUACCUCUCUCUCUCUCUCUCUGCAAAAAUCUCUCUCUACCUCUUCCGGAAAUGCUGUUAAGAAAUCGGUUUUUCUCCCUCCAAAACCCUUCAUUUUCUUCUGCUCCUUCUCUCAUCUUCUCAUCAUCUCCUCCAACUCUCCUCUCUUUCCAAAAACCCUUCUCCCACCAAAACCCUAGCCUCCCAUCCGCAGCCCCAAAACCGCCACCGGUUUCCGAAACCGCCAGAUUCGUCAAAACCGCCCUCUUCCUCCCCCCAGGCGUCGAAAGCGAUGACGUCACUGAGAGCAUGGUCCUCCCUGGCUCCAACAUCGUCGUGGGCCCCUAUGCUGGCCACUCCCAGAUCAAGCACGUCGAUUUUGUCAAGAGCAGCGCCAGGCCCAGGGACUGCCCUAAGGACGACCUGCCCGAGUUCGCGAUCCUCGGGCGAUCCAACGUCGGGAAAUCGUCACUCAUCAAUGCCCUUGUCAGGCGGAAGGAGGUUGCCCUCACUUCCAAGAAACCAGGGAAGACUCAACUUAUUAAUCAUUUCUUGAUCAACAAGAGCUGGUAUAUUGUGGACUUGCCUGGUUACGGAUUUGCAAAUGCUCCUGAAGCUGCUCGAAUGGUUUGGUCCUCAUUCACCAAAGGCUAUUUCUUGAAUAGAGAAACUUUGGUUGCCGUCUUACUCCUAAUUGAUGCUAGUAUUCCACCUCAGAAGAUCGAUCUUGAUUGUGCUAAUUGGCUUGGCCGCAACAAUAUUGCAAUGACUUUUGUAUUCACCAAAUGUGAUAAAAUGAAGGGGGGCAAAGGAAAGCGGCCUGAUGAGAAUAUCAGGAAUUUCCAAGAGCUUAUCAGAAAAUACUACCAGGAACCACCGCCAUGGAUCAUGACCAGCAGUGUUACAGGCCUAGGCAGGGACGAGCUUCUCCUCCACAUGUCACAGCUAAGGAACUAUUGGGAUAAUUAGAGGGGGGAAGUAAGACUGGAACCACAGCGCCAUGCAUGGCCUUGGACGGAUGUUUGAGGACUCUGGACAAACAAAUCAUGGAACAAAUUCAGUAACUCAGUGGUCUGGGGCGAUUUUGGGAAAAAUUAAUUUCUACUUUGUAUAUAAUAGAAAGCUGGUCAAGCUCCAUCCCAUUUCUUGUUGUGGUAUUUUUUGAAGAGGAAUUGUAAUAUCUACUAAGGAUGUUGACAUCCAACUUGGGUUUUCAGGCCCCAUGUUAUUAUAGUGAUCCAUAAAUGUGGGCCUGAUGGGAUCCACUGGAUGGAUCAUGCCCCGAAACUCUCAGAUUGGAAGAUCUUAGUGACCAAUCUACAACUUAUUUUCCUUUCACAAA